UCUGCACCUACCUUCCUCUCUUUGAGAACUGCCAAGUUCUUGUCCUUUAUUUCCUUCCCAGGUGCUCUCACUCUUCCUGCUGAUUGCUUUCCCCUGGCACCUCUAUCUGGAGGCUGUUGAGCCCACAGCUUCCACUUUUACCAAACACAGAGAUUGAAUUUGACAGUGGGAAUUAUUUUUGUUGGCACGCUUAAGCAAAAACUGGCACAAAAGUGUUCUAAGUGUUGAGGUUUGGAGUUCUAAGUUAGUCCUGGUGAUAUAGUCAUAGAAAAAUUUAUCCAGAGGUGUUAAUUGAGGUGUAAAUGAGCUCUAGGAUAUUUGUGCAUGGCAACACCUGAGAAGGUCGCAAGCUAAACCAUUGUUUACUGAUCUAGGAGUAAAUGAGCCAUCUAGAAGAGGAGGAAGUGAGGUUUCAGAGGAUGAUGGGAAAGGUUGUUGAGGUACCAGACAUUUUCAAGAGGCCCCAGCUUCCCAAAUCUUGUCCAGCAUUCUUGAACCUGGACUCUACUCCUAAGUAGCCCCAUAAUUUGUAGCACCCCUUCUCAAUCCAAUUUCCCCUACAAUGCUCUAGUACCCCCACUCUCAACCAGAUACCUCUGACUUCAUGGUACUCUGACAUCUUCGAGUACCUCCAGACCUUAGCCCUAUACCCCUGGACUUCAAGACAUAUUCCACCUUCCCCUGUACAUCUUCUAGAUCAGUCUGUCUAGCCUCCCUAAACCAAAUACACUUCCUUCUUAUAUUCAACCACCUAAAGGAUGUCCCUGAUCAGACCCCUUGUCUGAAGAGCACAAGUGGCUUCUUCAGGACCCAGCCUUCUGGGAACACAGUGAUGCUCAUAUAUCCCAGGGCCAUGACUGCAGGGAAGGGAUGGAACUGCAUGCCACUGAAGGCAUUCACCCUUUCAGUUUGUGUCUAGGGCUGUACAUCUCCCCACUCCACUCCAACUACCUAAGUAACUCUUGGUUGAUAUCAUAAUUGACAUAACUGAUUUGGUCUUCCUGAGUAAGAUCUCAAUGAAUUCUAGGUAAUUUUUUAUUUGGGGAUGUACAUGAUCAUUUCUCACUUUUGCAGACCUGAUUUUUGGCCAUCCCAAUUCACCUGCAGGGAUGAGUCAGUGACACCAGACCUAUCCACCUAUGAAGAAUUCCUUUUAUUCUUUGCUAGGUCCCAUACAAACCUGGGUGGAGAAAAGCAGGAAUAUUUCUUCAUUUCCUUUUUACUAAUCUCCUAGGGCCUGGUCCUUCAGAAAAGAAGGGAAUGGGCCAAGGAAACGAAUGGGGUGGAGGAGAGGAGAAAAGUCUCGGAGGGGCCCUGGAGUAGGAUGGGAUGAAUGAAGGAUAAGGAACAGCAAAGAUAGGGGAUCUAAUGCCAGCUCCAAUACCUGCCUUUUUCUUCUUUCUCUACCCCUGACUCCUAUCGGUCCCUCUAAUGAAGCUAUGCCAGAGGAAACGCCCUCUAACCACAUAUAUCUCUCACUUUCUUAUUUUCUUGGUUCUCCCUAGGGUUAGGUUCGACAUCACCAAAACCUGUCCAGGACCGAACAUACACUUUGCACAGAACAGGCAUCAGCUAUAUUUAAAAAGGACAUCCCUAAGGAUAAAAAUAGUCAUAAUGCCACCCUCUAGCCCAUAGUUUGCAAUGCCUUUCCCAGGAUGGAUCUCAUUGCGUCUCCCUGAACGUCCGAAGUGUUAGGCGGGGCCAAAGCCACUAUCCCCACUCUACAAAUGAGGAAAAGCGCGGCCCGCCGUGGCCGCAGAUGCAGACUGUGAGCCGCUAGCCAUAAAGCAGUCAACUGGCAGCAAGGGUCGCGCCCCUUCACACCACUGCAUCUGCGACUCCUGGCGCGAUCCCUGCUGGGAAUUGUAGUCCAAUGACCCUCAGCUACUAUGGAUUGGACUACAAUGACCAGCAUGCCCCGCGCUUUUUGGCGCCCCCUUCCCUUUCAGCCUCGGGCGCGGGGGAGGCUCGGCAGACCUGCUGACUGGGAAGCGGUAUGGCAGCGACGCUGGGCAGCGGGGAGCGCUGGACGGAAGGUAUCAGGUCCUGGCCGGAGCGUGGGACAGGGCAGGCUUACAUUGAUGCAGUUAGAAGAAACAAAUACCCAGAAGACAGACCUCCUGAAAGUCAUGACCCCUGUGGUUGCUGUAACUGCAGGAAGGCACAAAAGGAAAAGAAGUCUGAGCAUGAGUGGAAUCAGACCCGACAGGGUGAGGGGAGUGCCACUUAUACUGAGGAGCAGCUGCUUGGAGUACAAAGGAUCAAGAAAUGCAGAAAUUACUAUGAAAUUCUGGGGGUUUCACGAAAUGCCAGUGAUGAAGAGCUUAAGAAAGCUUACCGAAAACUCGCCCUGAAAUUUCAUCCUGACAAGAACUGUGCUCCUGGAGCAACAGAUGCUUUCAAAGCAAUAGGAAAUGCCUUUGCAGUCCUGAGCAAUCCUGACAAGAGACUCCGCUAUGAUGAAUAUGGAGAUGAACAGGUGACUUUCACUACCCCUCGAGCCAGACCUUAUAAUUAUUACAGGGACUUUGAAGCCGACAUCACUCCAGAAGAGCUGUUCAACGUCUUCUUUGGAGGACAUUUUCCUACAGGAAACAUUCAUAUGUUUUCAAACGUGACAGAUGACUCCCACUAUUACCACCGGCGGCACCAACACGAGAGGAUGCAGACACGGAAGGAAGAGGAAGAAGAUAAGCCUCAGACUACAUAUUCUGCAUUUAUUCAGUUACUUCCAGUUCUGGUGAUUGUGAUUAUAUCUGUGAUUACUCAGCUGCUAGCUGCUAAUCCCCCAUAUAGUCUAUUCUAUAAAUCGACCUUGGGCUACACCAUUUCUAGAGAAACCCAGAACCUACAGGUGCCUUACUUUGUGGAUAAAAACUUUGACAAGGCCUACAGAGGAGCAUCUCUGCGUGACCUGGAGAAGAUGAUAGAAAAGGAUUACAUUGAUUACAUCCAGACAAGUUGUUGGAAGGAGAAACAACAAAAGUCAGAGUUGACCAAUUUGGCAGGAUUAUACAGAGAUGAACGAUUGAAACAGAAGGCAGAGUCACUGAAACUUGAAAACUGUGAAAAACUUUCCAAACUGAUUGGCCUACGCAGAGGUGGCUGAGAGGAUGGUAGUCCUAUGCAGGCUCGGGGUUUUGCUACGUGUUACUGUUUAUGUUCCUAAUUCCACUGUAUAAUACAAAAUUAGGAAAUGAUGAA